AUGUAUGCAUUGUCUACUAGUGCUGAGGGUGCCUGUCACGUGUGUCUGCCGCCUGACCUCGGUAUCCAGUCUGCUGCUCUAGGUGCUGGUGAGGCUGCUGCUCUAGGUGCUUAUACGUCUCCUGCUCCAGGUGCUGGUGAGGCUGCUGCUCUAGGCGCUGGUGAGUCUACUGCUCCAGGUGCUGGUGAGUCUGCUCUCUCUGGUGCUGCACCUGCUGCGGUCUUAUACACUUUCACACUUGACUCUGGUGCUUCGCGCUCUUUCUUUAGAGACAGCACCACGCUCACGCCGCUCAGUCGGCCUGUUGCGGUCUCCCUUGCUGACCCCUCAGGGGGCCCAGUCCUUGCACACUCCUCUACAGUUUUACCGUGUCCUGCGGCCCCGUCGGGCUUGCUAUCGGGACUCCACCUCCCCUCGUUCUCUACGAACUUGGUGAGUGGAGCUGACCUCCAGGACGCGUGGGUUGACCAGUUCACCCCUGGAGGUCAGCGUGUGACUCACUGCACUUGCUCUCGGACAGGCCGCCACCUGGCCACGUUCACCCGUCGGCCAGGGUCGAGUCUGUACACACUGACUACUGCGCCUCCUCCGGUCUCUGCGUCUGGUCAGGUAGCUGCGUCUAGUCAGGUGUUUGCUGCCGCGUCCAGGUCUAGUCCUGUGUCUGCCCCUUGCUCGUGUCGUUCUCUGUUGCACGAGACUCUCGUUUGGCACUACCGUCUUGGUCACCCCUCCCUGCCUUGUCUUCGAGGUAUGGCCUCCCGUGCCCUUGUCUCUGGUCUCCCCAGGUCCCUCCCUCCUCUUCCUCCGGGGCCUGCCCCCACCUGUGUUCCUUGUGUCGAGGGUCGGCAGCGCGCCACUCCUCACUCCUCCUCGUUCCCUCCGACUGAGGCUCCUCUGCAGACUCUUCACAUGGACGUGUGGGGCCCAGCCCGCGUCCGUGGACAGGGUCAUGAGCGUUACUUCCUGCUGGUCGUUGACGACUACUCGCGUUACACCACAGUCUUCCCCUUGCGCAGCAAGGGUGAGGUCCCUGAGGUGUUGAUCGACUGGAUCCGCGGUGCUCGUCGCCAGCUCAGUGAGAGUUUCGGUUCAGACCUUCCUGUUCUGCGUCUGCACUCGGACAGAGGUGGGGAGUUUUCCUCCGACCUCCUGAGGGCCUUCUGUCGUUCGGAGGGCAUCCGCCAGACGUUCACGCUUCCGGCCUCCCCGCAGCAAAAUGGAAUUGCUGAGCGCCGCAUUGGCAUGGUCAUGGACGUCGCUCGUACGUCCAUGAUCCAUGCGGCUGCUCCCCAUUUUCUGUGGCCGUUCGCGGUUCAGUACGCUGCGCAUCAGAUCAACCUUCAGCCUCGUGUCUCCUUGCCGGAGACCACACCUACUCUGCGGUGGACGGGGAAGGUUGGCGAUGCGUCCGCGUUCCGUGUCUGGGGAUCUCGAGCUUUUGUCCGCGAUACUACAGCGGACAAGCUGUCCUCCCGUGCCGUUCCCUGUGUCUUCCUUGGCGUCCCUCCUGACGCACCCGGGUGGCAGUUCUACCACCCCACCUCGCGUCGUGUUCUGUCCUCUCAGGACGUCACGUUUGACGAGUCGGUGUCGUACUACCGUCUCUUUCCCUACCGCACUGCCUCUCCCCCCCCCCCCGCCACUCUUCCUGACCCUGCCGAGCCGGUCGAGGUAGCUGUCGACUCAGGUGCUGCUAGGGGUGCUGAGCCUGCGGGUGAGGGGACUGGGGGUGCUGAGACUGGGGGUGCUGAGUCUGGGGGUGCUGAGUCUGGGCGUGCUGAGCCUGGGGGUGCGGGGCCUGAGGGUACUGUGUUUGGAGGUGCUGAGCCUGCGCGUGCUGAGUCUGGAGGUGCUCUAGGUGUCCCGCCGCGGCGGGAGCCUCUCUCUCCACAGCAGCUUCGUGAGUGGUACUCUCGGCGCUGUCAGGGUGCUGCAAGAGCUACUGGAGGUGCUUCUGGUGCUUUUGGAGGUGCUGCUGGAGGUGCUGCUGGUGCUGGAGGUGCUGCUGGUGCUGGAGCUGCUAGAGGUGCUGCUGGUGCUGGAGCUGCUAGAGGUGCUGCUGGUGCUGGAGGUGCUGGAGCUGCUGGUGCUGCUGGAGCUACUGGAGGUGCUGGCGCUGCUGGAGGUGCUACUGGUGCUGGAGGUGCUGCUGGAGCUACUGGAGGUGCUGGAGCUGCUGGAGGCGGUGUUGGAGCUACGCGGCCGCGGCCGUACUACGUUCCGCUUCUUCAGCAGGUUCUUGGCUCCCCGCCUUCUCCUGGUCCUCCUCCUCCUUUCGUGAGUCCACCGCCUGUCCAGUCCCCGUCGCAGUUCCAGCCGGCCUCUCUGCUGCCUGGUCCUUCUCCUUACACUGGACCGACUAGAGGUCUUACGGAGCGUCGUGAGCCUGAGUCUCGUCCUGUGUCGCCUGCGUCUCGUUCUGCGUCGCCUGUCCGUACUGUUCGCGCUGGUCGUGUUUUGCGUCCGCGUCUUCCUCCUGUCCCAGGCACUCACUCUAUGACCCUGCGUCCUUCUACUGCUCCACAGCGUGUCCCUCUGCCGUCUCCUCCUGUGUCCUCUCCUCCUGACGGUCCGGACCCUGAGUCUGACUCCCUUCGUGUUGCUAGUCCAGCUGUCACGCGUUUCCUGGCUACUGCUGUCACUGACCCUUUGUUUGAGUCCACUGCUGCGUCUGCUCAUGUUACUGAGCUUGUUGACUUUGCUGCAGCCUGUCGCCUUGACUAUGCCGCUAGUCUUGUUGCUGAGUCUGUGUCUGUCUGUCCUCCGUCCGUCGGGGGUGAGUGUGCUCUUGGCACGGACGUUCUUGAGGACAGACAGGAGGAGUUUGAGUGCUUUGCCGCUGCUGUACCUCAUCUCGUGUCCAUGCUGCUUGCCACUGAGGAAGACCCGGAUGCACGAGACAUCCCGACCCCGCGCUCUUACGCAGAGGCGAUAGAGGGUCCCUACUCCUCUAAGUGGCAGACAGCCAUGGACGCCGAGAUGGCUUCCUGGAAGUCCACAGGCACCUACGUCGACGAGGUUCCCCCGCCUGGGGCGAACAUCGUCAGUGGCAUGUGGAUCUUCAGGGUGAAGCGGCCGCCGGGUUCUCCGCCUGUCUUCAAGGCGCGUUACGUUGCAUGUGGCUUCAGUCAGCGACAGGAAGUUGACUUCUUCCAUACCUUCUCCCCUACCCCAAAGAUGACCACUCUUCGGGUGCUGCUGCACGUCGCCGCUCAGCGUGACUACGAGCUCCACUCGCUUGACUUCAGCACAGCCUUCCUACAGGGCAGCCUGCACGAGGAGAUCUGGCUGCGCCGCCCACCUGGCUUCACUGGGUCGUUUCCAGCUGGUACCCAGUGGAGCCUCCGGCGGCCAGUCUACGGUCUCCGUCAGGCACCUCGUGAGUGGCACGACACACUCAGGAUGACUCUUGCUGCUCUUGGUUUUGCUCCUUCCACUUCUGACCCUUCUCCGUUCUUACGCACUGACACUACUCUGCCGCCGUUCUACGUUCUCGUGUACGUAGACGACCUCGUCUUUGCUACUGCUGACACUGAGGCACUCGCCCUCGUGAAGUCCGAGCUGCAGAAGAGACACACGUGCACAGACCGGGGUGAGCUGACAAGCUAUCUUGGCUUGCGGAUCACCCGGGACAGAGCACAGCGCACCAUUACCUUGACUCAGUCACACAUGGUGCAGCAGGUCCUUCAGCGCUUCGGCUUCACGUACUCCUCGCCACAGUCCACUCCUCUGCCUACCGGUCACUCGCUCUCAGCUCCACCUUCGGACGAGUCCGUAGAGCCGAGUGGCCCAUAUCCAGAGCUUGUGGGCUGCCUCAUGUACCUGAUGACUUGCACACGACCUGACCUCGCAUACCCUCUCAGCCUUCUGGCUCGCUACGUGGCUCCCGGCAGGCACCGAAAGGUGCACUGGGAUACUGCGAAGAGGGUGUUGCGAUACUUGUGCAGUACAUCGGGCAUGGGGCUCGUGCUUGGAGGACGGGCUCGAGUUGUCCUCACUGGUCACGCUGACGCCUCCUGGGUUGACGACUUGGCUACGCAGCGGUCGUCACAGGGUUACACCUUCAGCCUUGGCUCCGGUUCUGUCUCUUGGCGGUCUACCCGCUCUUCUUCUGUUGUGAAGCUGAGAUCUACGCUGGAGCCAUGGCUGCACAGGAGCUGCGCUGGCUCACCUACCUGCUGA